UUAAUUCUCCUUUGACAUUGACACAUUUUCAAGCAAAGAAAGCGCCCUCCAAUUUUCCUCUCCCCCUUCGUGUUUCCCAGCAGUUUCUUCUCCAGCGUGUUGACGUGGAAAAACAAUGAAUAAUUCAAAGACAAUUAUGUCCAGUCAGUCAUCUCUCCAGUCUCCAUCGUUUACUGGUAAGGGAAGACUCGGCAUUUUCAUUCUUCUUUAUUAUUGUUUGCAACCAUUUUCAUUCUCAUUUCUCUGGGAAAUUUCCCAGUUUCACUUCUAUGGGCCAAUCCCUGUAGGUUUCCCAUCUUCCUUUUUAGUUGUUUUGUCUUUUAGACCUCAAAGAAAGAGAAGAACAAAAAAACGGAGGGUCUUUUGUAGGUGAUGAAGGGAAAGAAAAUAGCUUUAUUUGAUUGUUUGAAUAGGUUGUUAGCAGAUUGUAGUUCUGGUGGCUAAUGGGUGUUAAAGUUUGAUUCUUUUGGUUGUCGGGGGAUAUGCUUCAUGGGUUUCUGAUGUAGGCUGUUUUUUCUUCAUGGGAAUUUGAGGUUUUUUGGUUUGCUUCAUGGGUUUUUGAGAUAAUUGGUUAUUUUUCUUGGGUUUAUGGGAUUGGGAUUGGUGGCUUGAUUCUUGAAAUUGAGACUUAAAGAAGCGAUGGCUGGCCUUUUAAGGAAAAUUCUUCCUGUUGGGAAAUCAACUGCUCAAGAUGACGAUAAUGAUAACGAUAAUGUUGAAUACUCAUUUGCUAUUGAGUACCAUGGUCCUCCGGUCCCUUAUGAUAUCCCCAAAGCAGUUCCGGUGGACGUUGACCAACUCCCCACUGCUGCCACAGUUUCCUCUUCCUAUGUUUUGAAUGAGAAUUCAGUGCCAGUUAUCCAACCAAUUGUAAAGGCUAAUCCAGUGAAGCAAAAAUGGUCCGAAGAUAAAAAAUUUGGUUCUCGACCUGGCUCAGCUCGAAAAUCCAUUGAUCGUCCUGGUGUGUCCAAUGAAUCAUCAAUUCAAGUUGAUAGCUUGGAUACAUUAGGUCAGGGAAUUGAUGGUGGGUGCAGAACGAAAUUAUGUGAUGGAAUGGGAAGUUCUGGUAACCUGGAAAUUUCUGUUGUUCAUGAUAGUUUGCAAAAAUCAUCAGGAGGGUUGGCAGAGUUGGAGCUUACUGAUCAUGGUGAGGAAGGCUUAGGGUUGCAGAAGUAUAUGGAUCCUCCUGAUUCUGAUACAACAGAGUCAGUUUCAAGCUCACCUGUGCUUUCAUCAUCUGAUGUCUCUUUCCAAAAGGGGGAGGAUGGUAACAAUGAGACUCCUUGCCAUGUCAGAAGACCAUCCGUUGUAGAGGAUGCUAACAAUGAGACUCCUUGCCAUGUCAGAAGACCAUCCGUUGUAACUUUCCUUGAUCCUGAAUCAGGUGCAAUGGUUCAGGAAGAUUCCAGCUAUUAUGAGACAGAAAGCAUCGAUGCUGCACAACCCAUUGCAAGGAACGGGAAAAAGGGGUCAUGCUAUAGGUGCUUAAAGGGAAACCGGUUUACAGAAAAGGAGAUUUGCAUUGUUUGUAAUGCUAAGUAUUGUUAUAAGUGUGUACUGAAAGCAAUGGGGUCGAUGCCAGAGGGAAGAAAAUGUGUUACUUGCAUCGGUAAGAAGAUAAAUGAGUCAAGGCGAGAAACUCUUGGAAAAUGUUCUCGGCUGCUCAAGCGGCUGCUCAAUGAGUUGGAAGUUCAACAGGCAAUGAGUUCCGAGAAAACGUGUGAGGCAAACCAGUUACCACCUGAGCUGGUUGUUGUGAAUGGAGAGCCACUGAGUCAAGAUGAGUUGCAUAAUUUGCAGAUCUGCCAAAACCCGCCAAGAAAGCUAAAACCAGGAUUCUAUUGGUAUGAUAAAUUAUCUGGUCUUUGGGGAAAGGAAGGACAUGGGCCUUGCCAGAUUAUUACUGCGCAGCUAAAUGUUGGAGGUCACCUGAAGGCUAAUGCUAGCAAUGGAAAUGCAAAUAUAGUUAUAAAUAAUCGAGAGAUUACUAAAAAAGAGCUGUGGAUGCUGCAGUUGGCAGGAGUUCAUUGUGAAGGAAAACCUAGCUUUUGGCUAAGUGCAGAUGGAUCCUACCAGGAAGAGGGUCAGAAGAAUGUAAAGGGGCCUAUAUGGGACAAGAUGGGAGUUAAGCUUUUUUGUGCUCUCUUGUCUUUGCCGGUUCCUCCUGUUACUGUGAAUCCUGCUGGAGAAGAUGUCAGCCGGGAAACCCUAGAGCAGCAAGUUCUUCACAAACUUCUUCUAGUUGGCUAUCAAAAGUCUGGCACAAGUACGAUAUAUAAGCAGGCCAAGAUUCUGUAUAAUAUUUCUUUCUCUGAAGAUGAGCGCCAAAGCAUCAAGUUGAUGAUCCAAAGCAAUUUGUAUGGGUAUUUCGGCAUAUUGCUUGAGGGUCAAGAACGGUUCGAAGAAGAAAGCCUACAAGAAACUAGAAAAAGCCAGAUUGCUGAUGGAUCUGGUUCUUCAGGCAGUGCAAGCCAGAUUGAUGGUCAAACAAAAUAUUCCAUUUGCCGAAAACUGAAAGCUUUCUCAGAUUGGCUUGUACAAGUGAUGGUGUCUGGUAAUUUGGAAGCCAUCUUCCCAGCUGCUAGUCGUGAAUAUGCACCGUUUAUUGGGGAGCUGUGGAAUGAUGCAGCCUUUCAGGCCACGUAUAGCAGGAGGCAUGAACUAGAAAUGCUGCCCAGAGUGGCUACUUAUUUCCUAGAACGGGCUGUUGAGAUCUCAAGCAUGGAUUAUGAGCCCUCUGACAUGGACAUCUUGUAUGCUGAGGGAAUUACAUCAUCCAAUGGAAUUUCUUGCAUGGAAUUCUCUUUUCCCACAAUAGAACAAGAAAGCUCUAUUGAUGGUUAUCAGCAUGACCCAUCAGCGAGGUACCAACUCAUUAGACUGCAUCCCAGUAGCCUUGGGGAGAACUGCAAGUGGGUGGAAAUGUUUGAAGACGUUAACAUGGUCCUGUUUUGUGUCUCCUUGACCGACUAUGAUGAGUUCUCACUAGACAGAAAUGGAGUUCUCACAAACAAAAUGUUGGCAAGCAAGCAACUUUUUGAAUGUAUGGUCACCCAUCCAACCUUUGAGGGAAAGGACUUCCUUCUAAUACUCAACAAAGCUGACCUGCUCGAAGAAAAGAUUGAGCAGGUUCCCCUGACUCGAUGUGAAUGGUUUCAUGACUUCAAUCCAGUUAUCAGCCAUAAUUACCAUAACCAAACAACCAACUGCAGCAGCAGAAAUAAUCACACCACACUAGGACAGCGUGCCUUCCACUAUAUCGCUGUGAAGUUCAAGAGAUUGUUCAGUGAUCUUACUGGUCGUAAGUUGUACGUUUCAAUGGUUACCGGCUUGGAGCCUGAUUCUGUUGAUGAAGCUCUGAGAUACACCAGGAACAUUCGUAAGUGGAAUGACUAUGAAUAUAGCUUUGUUAACAAUGAAUUGUCCUCUACGGAUAUUGAGGCAAGCUCAACCUCAUGACCCCUUUUUUUUCUCUUUCAAAUGGAAAAUAGAUAAAACCCCACUUGAAUAUGUCAGAUGUAGAGAAAUCAGAUUCUUAGACCCGAAACCAAGGUUCUUUCUGCCAUUAGUGCAGAUUCCUUUAUUUAUUGGUUUUUUUGUUCUAAAUCCAUAUAACUCAAUGGUGAAACAGUGUAAGACAUGUUGUAUGCUUUAAAUCACUGUCAAUGCUUCAAAUUUAACUUGCAGAAGAAUACGGUGAGAAGAAAUCAGAAAAGCUUUUGACUUUUGUGCCAAGAAUUCCUUUGUUCUAUGAACAGCUAAUCAUAUACAGAGCUAAGGGUACAAGAUAAAUGAACAUUGCGAAGCAAAGCUGCCAUGAACAUAUUAAUGAAACCAUAUCCACAACAAAACAACUCUAAUUACACAAAGCACGAUAAGAAACCUUGUUUUUACUUAGAAGCUCGAAAAAAAGUUACAAUGGAACUUCUUAAUCACUUUUUUUUUUUUCUCAAUCACCAAGGCACAAACCGAUCCAUAAGCAAACAGACAGUAGCUUCUGACAUUGUGGUUUCUUUGUUAUCUUCUUUAGCUUCCUUCUCUUCAACAUGUCCUUCCUUGGCAAACUGCUGGUCUUUUUUGGCACUUGACAAGAAUGGCCUUCUUGCUCGGACUUUCUCUUUGAGCUUUGCUAGCUCAUCCAUCCACCCUCCUACGACUGCAGACAUUUUUUCUCACAAAAAAUUGAAGAAAAAA